UUGUAAGGUCGGAUACUCAUUAACGGGUGAAGGUUGAACGUACUUGUGGUUGAAGUAUAACAUUUAGAGGGGCUGUAGUAGGCUGAACUCCAAUGACUGCUGGCGCAAGAGGUCGCGCUAGGUGCAGAAACGAUUCAGUACUGACCGCCAUGCCGGGCGAAUUUAUGGUCAGGUCUGAAAGAGUCGUAGAAAACUUGAAGGUGUCGGCGCUGAGAUCAAAAUUUCACCCCUCUUUGUCGUUAGACGCGAACAUUAAAGAUUGUGGGAAACGCUCGCUUCCAUCGAUAAGAGAAUCUCUUAGCGCGGUUUGACGAUAAGGAUUUAUUGCGAUAAAUUUUGUGCCACCUGCAACUUUGUCGCAUUCACGACUUCUUACGCAAAUGGCUUUCUAUGGACCCAGAGGAGGCUCUCGAGGACGGGGCUUUAGUUCUACAGGGUUUCGAGGUCGAGGAGGAGCCAGAGAUAGCAGGGUUCGAGGACGAAGCGGAUUCAGAGGGGGACCAGGUAAACCAAUAUUUGACUGUGCGAGAAUUGCACAGCAGAAAGAGGUGGAAGAGAACAACGCCCAAUCUGGAGAGGAAUCCUCACUCGAAGAAGAGCAGGACUUGGAACUUGACGAUGAAUCUAUUAUCGAUGAAGACGAGGAGUCUCUACCGGCUGUACGUUCUUAUGCUGCUCUCAUGCAAAGUUUGUUCUCGGAAUCUGGACCACAGUCCAAGAAGCGGAAGUUGGAUCACCCUUCGGACGUUAUUACGGAAAGGAGGAACAGUGCGAAUGACCAGGAGGUUAAUGAUUUAGCCGCUGAAGAUGCAGACGAUGUCGAAGAAGCUGAAGAAGGCCCGGAGACAGCUACGGAUGGUCUACUGGAAGAGGUUGCCGAGGAUUCUGAGGAUGCUUCUGAUCCUUUUGAGGCGCAUUUUGCAGAUCCAGACAACAACAUACUGGGCCAGAAGCUGAAAUCUAUUCAGCAAGACCAGUGGUCAACUCAAAAGGUACUAUUUCAGAAAGUUGGAAAGGCAUUCUUCAGCUUUCCUCGACAAGAUAUUAUCCAGGAUGUCUCUCCCAACGAAAUCCCCGACUCGAGCCAAUUGAGAUUGAAGCAAAAGUUGGCCACCGCGGUAUCGAAGUGCAGACCGUGUUUCGAUAUGCUCGAGAGACACUUAGCCCCUCUUCUAUUCAACUAUCAAGAUGUACUACACUGUGAGCGGAAAACAAGCAAUUCGGAGAGUUUGAGACGAUUGACUUGCUUGCACGCUGUCAACCACAUCUUCAAGACCCGUGAUCGUGUCAUCAAGAAUAAUUCACGGCUUGCAAAAGAAGACAAUGACGAUCUAAGUCUACAAGACCAAGGCUUUACACGACCAAAGGUCUUGAUGAUUCUUCCUACUCGGGAUUCUUGUGUGAGAAUGGUUAGCAUGAUAACGACACUAUGCGAACCAGAGCAGCAGGAAAACCGCAAGAGAUUCGACGACUCCUACGUGGAAAAGGAAGAGAAGUUCUCUGUUGACAAGCCAGACGACUUCCGGGAACUCUUCGGAGGCAACGAUGACGAUAUGUUCAGAUUGGGGCUGAAGUUUACUCGCAAGACUAUCAAGUACUUCUCUCAAUUUUACAAUUCAGACAUCAUAUUAGCCAGCCCACUUGGUCUACGCAUGGCUCUGGAUGGAAAAGACGAGCAAAAGGGAGACAGUGACUUCCUAAGCUCGAUCGAGAUUGUCGUUGUUGACCAAGUUGAUGCACUUCUGAUGCAAAAUUGGGAACAUAUGGAGUAUAUUUUUGAGCAUCUCAACUUACAGCCGAAAGAGGCCCACGGCUGUGAUUUCAGUCGUGUGCGGCCCUGGUAUCUGGACAACAAUGCGAAAUACUUUCGUCAGACUAUCGCCCUGACAGCUUUCAAUACUCCUGAGAUCAAUACGAUGUUCUAUAAUCAGUCGAAGAACUGGGCUGGUAAAGUCAAGAUCAACGCAUUUUACCCAGGCACAAUACAAGAAUUGGGCCUCAAGGUCAAGCAGACCUUUUCUCGACUUGAUGUCGCAUCAUUUGCUGAAGAUCCAGAUGCUCGAUUUACUUACUUCACCACGGCUAUUGUCCCUGCCUUGACUCGUCGUUCUAAGGAUAGCGCUGGGACACUUGUCUUCAUACCCUCGUACCUAGACUUUGUUCGAGUAAGAAACUACUUUUCCACCUCAACUUCUACUACUAGCUUGUCCUUUGGUAGCAUUUCUGAGUACAGCUCUGUACCAGAUGUGGCUAGAGCACGCUCCCAUUUCCUCAGUGGCAGGCAUAGUGUCCUGCUAUAUACUGAACGAGCCCAUCAUUUUCGCCGUUAUCAAUUACGCGGGGUGCGGAAGGUUAUCAUGUAUGGACUCCCUGAUAAUCCAAUAUUCUACAAGGAGAUGGUGGGUGGUUAUCUUGGAAAAAGCAUACAGGAAGGAAAGUUGGAGCCAGGAGAGGGGAGUGUGAGAGCAGUCUUUUCAAAAUGGGAUGUUUUGAAGCUAGAGAGAAUUGCUGGUACUGAAAGAGUCGGGAAGAUGGUCAGGGAGAAGGGUGAUACUUUUGAUUUUGUGUAAAGUACCUGAAAUCUCGCCCGGAAAAUUUCACAAUCUUGUAAAUGCCUACCAAU